AUGUGGUAUUUCUGCAGAAUGAACAUAUCUGCAGUGUUUAAUGCUUUGCUUGUAUCCAUCCUGGCAGCAGUGUUGUGGAAACAUGUCAAGCUUUGGGAGCAGUUUUCUAUUAUUGAGGAGGAGUUGGACCUCACCCGUCAGUCCCAAGAGCUGUCGCAAGUACGCAUUGACUAUCAAGCAGCUUUAUAUGCACUUGUGGAAGAUGGCACUAAGAUGGUUUGUACUGGGAGGAUGCAUACAGACCGUGUGUGUCGCUUCGAGUCACUUUGUUUCUCCACCGAAGCUGAAGAAUUUGUCUUUUUUCAUAGCAACUCAUCGAUUAUGCUACCAAACCUAGGAGCUAGGCGCUUCCAACCUGCUCUUUUAGACUUGUCCUCUGUAGAUGAUCACAAUACCCAGUAUUUCAACUUUGUAGAGCUUCCAGCUGCUGCGCUAAAAUUUAUGCCCAAGCCUGUCUUUGUGCCAGAUGUUGCACUCAUAAUGAAUAGGUUUAAUCCAGACAACCUAAUGCAUGUCUUUCACGAUGACUUGCUACCAAUAUUCUACACCAUGCAGCAGUUUCCAGACCUAGACCUGGACUCUCGACUCUUCUUCAUGGAAGGAUGGGGUGAAGGCUCACACUUUGACAUCUACAAGUUUAUGAGCAAUAAACAGCCUUUGUUGAAAGAGCAGUUGAAGACUUUAGGUAGGCUCCUCUGUUUUACUAAGGCUUAUGUGGGGCUAACGAAAAUCACCACAUGGUAUCAGUAUGGCUUUGUCCAACCGCAGGGUCCGAAGGCAAACCUAUUGGUCUCUGGCAAUGAAAUAAGACACUUUGCUAAGUUCAUAUUGGGAAAGCUAAACAUAAGUUCCGAUCAGAGUAUAACAGAAGACUACAUAGUACUGUUCACUCGAUCAAUUAAUAGACUUAUUGUAAAUGAGGCUGAAUUACUCCUUGCUUUAGCUCAGGAAUUUCAGAUGAGAACAAUAACAGUUUCUCUAGAAGACAAUUCAUUUGCUGAAAUUGUGCGUUUGAUCAGUAAUGCAUCUAUGCUUGUGAGUAUGCAUGGAGCACAGUUGGUUAUGUCCCUUUUUCUGCCAAGAGGUGCAGCUGUAGUAGAGCUUUUCCCUUAUGCCAUAAACCCAGAUCAUUACACACCAUACAAAACUUUAGCAACCCUUCCAGGCAUGGAGCUCCAGUAUGUUGCUUGGCAGAACACGGAGGAGAAGAAUACGGUCACUUAUCCUGAAAGGUCUUGGGAACAAGGUGGCAUUGCACACCUGGAUGUUUUUGAACAGGAACGGAUAACAAAGAGUAAAGAGGUUCCACGUCACCUCUGUUGCCGUAAUCCAGAGUGGCUUUUCCGUAUCUACCAGGACACAAAAGUAGAUGUUUCAUCACUUAUCAAAGUCAUAAGAGGUGUUGUUAAAACAAAGCCUGUCUCCCGGAAACAGAAGUUUGCAAAUGGAUUGUAUCCUGGUAAGGUUAGGGAAUGCAAGUGUCAGGCUUCUUCCUCAGGUGCCAGCGUAACGAAGCUGUCCGUGUCUUGGCAGAUUCCAUGGAAUCUCAAGUACUUGAAAGUCAGAGAUGUAAAAUAUGAAGUAUGGAUCCAAGAGCAAGGUGAAAACACAUACAUGCCUUAUAUAUUAUCUUAUCAGAACCACACUUUCUCUGAAAACAUUAAACCAUCUACAACAUAUUUAGUGUGGAUCCGCUGCAUCUUCAAUAAAACUCUCCUUGGACCUUUUGCAGAGGUUUUAAUGUGUAAAACAUAA